UCAAGUGUGCGAAAUGUUGCGAAGGCUCGCGCGAACGUACGUCACAUCCUCUUCACGCCAACCUCACCAAGAUGGCACCGAAAAGGCAGACUGUUGUGAGAAAGAAUAAAAAGGGUGCUUGCUGGAAGUUCACCCUGGAUUGCACUCACCCUGUGGAGGAUGGGAUUCUCGACUCUGCAAACUUUGAAACCUUUCUGAAAGAGAAGGUGAAGGUUAAUGGCAAAACAGGCAACCUGGGAAAUGUAGUACAAAUUGUGCGUCAGAAGAACAAGAUCAACGUCACGUCAGAGAAGCAGUUCUCUAAAAGGUACCUGAAGUACCUCACAAAGAAGUACUUGAAGAAGAAUAACCUGCGAGACUGGCUGAGGGUUGUAGCAUCUGAUAAGGAAAGCUAUGAGCUUCGCUACUUCCAGAUCAGUCAAGAUGAUGAAGAGUCUGAUGCUGAUGAAUGAGCGCUGUACUGAAUCUGCCUGAUGGGUGUAUCUGCGUCCUGUAUAAACUUCUCCAGCUUCAAAUGCAGGACUGUGUUUUUGUUGUCUGUUGGGAAAUAAAAGGAUACACAAAUUAA